GUUCUUGAGAUGUCUACGAUUAUAUUUCAAUAAUAUUUUCGAGUCAAAACUUAGAUUUGAAAUUUCGAAAGAAAGGGAGAUAUUUUUGCAGUAUGGGUGUGGAAAGUGAUGACGAUAAUUCUCGCAAUUUGCGAGUCAAAGAACGCAAGCACUACACAGAAGAUUGUUUGCAAGAUGAAGAAAUUGAAGGGCGUCGUAUGUUCUCCGUGGAAGAAAAGUUGACUUGUGAUCGUUUUGAAAGUUGUUUUGUGGAUGAAAUGAAGGGGGAAGAUUUUAAUUUAAAAUAUCUGCAAGAACAUGGUUUUGUGAAGCCUGUUCUGUUCAAAGACAAGGCUGGUUUAGGAAUGAGAAUGCCAAGUGAAAAUUUCACAGUAAAUGAUGUACGCCAGUGUGUUGGCAGUAGAAGAGUCCUUGAUGUUAUGGAUGUGACAACUCAAAAGGAUAUUGAAAUGACCAUGAAAGACUGGUGCAGAUAUUUUGAGAACACAAAUCGAGAUCAGUUGCUAAACGUCAUCAGCUUAGAAUUCAGUCACACAAGACUCGAAAAUUAUGUAGAAUCGCCAACAUUGGUUAGACAAGUAGAUUGGGUUGAUUGGGUCUGGCCCAGACAUUUAAAGGAUAGUCAGACAGAAGCUACAAAUUCCUUAGAUGAGAUGAAAUACCCCAAAGUUCAAAAAUACUGCCUAAUGAGUGUGAAAGGCUGUUAUACAGAUUUCCACAUAGAUUUUGGUGGCACUUCUGUUUGGUAUCAUAUAUUGCGUGGGAAAAAAGUGUUUUGGUUGAUACCUCCAACUGAGCGCAAUUUGGCUCUUUAUGAAACUUGGGUGUUAUCUGGUAAACAAGGUGAUGUUUUCUUUGGUGAUACUGUUGAAAAAUGUGCAAGAGUGGAGCUUGAGUCGGGGGAUACAUUUUUUAUUCCAACAGGAUGGAUUCAUGCUGUUUUUACUCCUGAAGAUACUCUAGUGUUUGGGGGAAAUUUCUUACAUAAUUUUGGAAUUGAAAAGCAGUUACGUAUAGCAGAAGUAGAAGACCUAACUCAUGUUCCAUCAAAGUUCAGAUAUCCAUUUUAUACAGAAAUUCUUUGGUAUGUUGUUCAACGAUUUGUCCACUGCCUACUUGGGAAAAACUACUUAAUAUGUAACGAAAAUGGAGACAUAAUUGAUCCUGCCAAUGAACUGCCUUCUGACGUUUUGAAUUUGACUGCCCCAGCAGACAAAGAUCCGAAGCUGCUUUCUUUGACUCAUAAUCCAUUGCACAUGAAAGAGAAUUAUUUUUCAUUUAAAGGAGUAGGUGAAAAUUUUUCUCAUGAAAACUCAAACGGAAAUAAAGAUUUGAGUAAACCUGAUGUAGGAAGUGAUACAAAACCUGCUGCUCAAACUUUUGAGUAUGGUAUCAUCCCAACUGAAAAUGGACACAAAAAUCUUAGCAAAGAACAUAUUCAUAUAACAAGACUUGAACUAAAUGGUUUGAAGGCAAUUUUGAAGUGGUUGUAUGGUUUACCACCUGCAAAAAAAGCAGUACCAAAUUACAUCAGAGAUCCUGAUGGUCUCUUGGAAGAUCUAAAGGUGCUUCUACGAGAACAUGAAAAUGAUGACCAGAGACUUGCCAUUACAGGAAAACCUUCUUUAUUUUGGUUUGAUGUAAAGAAACCUAAACCUAAGCCACGCUCUACUCCAUCUUCCUCCUCUGGCAAAGGAUCAAAAUCGGGCGGCUCUAAAGGAAAUAAUUCUAGCAGCGCUCGGCGAAGAAGAACAAGGUGUAAAAAAUGUGAAGCGUGCCUUAGAGCUGAUUGUGGAGACUGCCAUUUCUGUAAAGAUAUGAAGAAAUUUGGUGGACCUGGAAGAAUGAAGCAAUCUUGCAUAAGUCGACAGUGCAUGGCUCCUGUAUUGCCUCAUACCGCCUGUUGUAUGAUUUGUGGCCGAGAUGGGUGGGAUAAAUUGACGAAUCCUCCUGAAAAUGAAAAUUCUAGUCUGAUGGAAUGUUCACAAUGUUGGGAAAUUCUCCAUCCUAAAUGUCUGCAAGAAAAAAAUCCAGAUCUGCCGAUGGAAAGUUGCAUCAAUGACGAUCUUCCUAACAGCUGGGAGUGUCCAAAAUGUUGCAGAAAUGGUAAACCAGAUCAAAUAAAGCCACGUCAAAUGAAAGGAAAGGUUUCGAAAGGAGGUGAUGCUCCGAGGUUAUCUGCAUCUUCAUGUGAAAAUGGAACUAUGGACGUAUCGGCAGUUGCUGAAGAUAAAAUUGAUUUGAGUCACUUAAAAAUUGAAACAGUUUCUCAAGACAUGAUGGUUCAUGACAUGGUGGAAAUUAACAAACGAAUAUUUGAAGGAGAACCUUUAGAUUUAGGACCACAGAAGAAAAAGGUAAAAGCUGAGAUCCAAACUUUUAAACAAGAAAAUUUUGAAGAUAUGAACUUAUCUGAAAGAGCAGAUAACAGCACGAUUUGUCUCCCUGCUUCACAUUCCAUUCAUUCUGGUAUUAAAAAGUACACUGCAACAUUGUGUGAAAAGGAGGAAGAGAUGAACAUUGGAAGUCAACCACUGCCAAAUAAAGAGGUUUAUGAUAAAAUUAAAAAGCCUAGCUCACCUACUCAUGUUCGCUCUUGUUCCCGUUUCCCCAUGCAUUUCAAAAAAUCCUUUAAAAAUGAGCAUGGAAAAGUUUUGAGAGUCAAGAACAUUAAUGAAAAAUUUGAAAUUCGUGCCAAAGCAAAAUUGCCUCUUGGAGUUCCGUUAAGAAGGCAUGGUGAAACAGCCAGAGAGAGAUUAUUUCGUAAUAUGAAAGGAUUGAAGAAAAAUUUACUCAUCAAGACAAAAAGCUUUGGGAAAUGUGAAGAGGCAAAUAACUCGAAACCGCUCGUGAAGGAUGGGAAAGUACUGCAGUUGACUGGGAAUGUACAGAUAAAACACGAAGUUCCUCAUGUUUUACCUGAAGAUGGUAAAACAGAAAUCAUGUCCGUGUCCCCCGAAAAAUAUUUGAAAUCUGAAAAAACUUUAGAUAAAACUUCCAUUGCUCAAAACCCUAAAAUCAGUUCCAUGUUGCGAGAUAGCCCUCAUUUGAAGAAACCAAAGUAUGUAGUAAGACCAGCUCCAGUAGUAGAAGACAAUAAUGAAGAUAAGAUGAGAAAUUCUUGUGCAGGUAUAGAAAACUUAGCCAUGGAAAAGGAAGUGAUGCUUCCCGUUUUUCGAUUUCUACCAAUCAAAGAUCUCUAUGCCUGCCAGUUCGUAUGUAAAAGAUGGAACAGGUGGUCUUGUGAUCCUCGCCUCUGGACCGUGAUGGACUUGACGAGGCGCAAAAUAACUGCUAACACAUUGAUAGGGAUAGUCAGGCGGCAGCCGGUGACUUUGAACUUGAGCUGGACCAAUCUAUCUCGGCGACAACUGGCUUGGCUCAUCGCUCGACUGCCACAAAUGAAAGAACUUGUAUUGAGUGGAUGUUCCUCAGCAUCUGUAGCAGCCUUAUCUACCUGUAACUGUCCACUGCUGAGAUCCUUAGACCUUAGCUGGGUAGAGGGACUGAAUGACUCUGUGAUCCGUGACCUCCUCUCCGCUCCUCCCGACUCCAGGCCGGGGUUCAUAGAGAACAAGACAAGGUUGCGCCACCUGGUGGAAGUCAAAUUGCCUGGUGCAGAUAUUUCCGACGUGUCUGUGCGUCUGAUGGCUCAUCACCUGCCCCUUCUUUCUAGACUUGAUCUCAGUCACUGCCAUAAGGUCACCGAUAUGGGCAUAGCAGUUUUGGGUGCUGCUAAAUCUGCCCGUCUGCAGUCCCUUGACGUGUCUUCGUGCUCUAAUAUCACCGAUACGAGUCUCGAAGCGUUGAAGAGGUGCUCAAAUCUUGCGCAUCUUGAUCUCAGGGACUGUGGACAGGUCACCGAAGCUGCGUGCCUCAAAUUUGUCAGUCAGAAUCGACAGACUCUCGUGCAGAAAGAGGCAAAAUUUAUAAAAAGAAAUGUUUAGCCAAAUGUCCUGAUGGAGCUUUUGACAUAAUUUCAAAACACUGAGAAAGUUUUUAUUUAUUAACACCAUAAUUAUUACAUGCCUAAAUGUAUAUUCAUAUGUGUGAUUGCAAAUGUCAUUUACAUUCAUGUUUAUUUGCACCCAUGUACAUAACUUAUACAUUUAUUCGCAUAUUUGUACCUGUGCACAUAUUUAUGUAUAUUUAGGUAAGUAAUAUAUUUUUACCAGCAGCAAGGUGUGUCAAUUUAAUUUUUCAAGAAGUUGAAUCAAUUUUCAGAUACACUAGUCUUUGUACUAUUGUGAUAUUUUAAUUCUGUGAGAUGACUUAGGUAAUAUUUUGCAGCUUAUGUAAAGCAGCUGAUUAUUUGUUAUUUUCCCAACUUUUUUCUAUUCUUUCAAAAGGGUAUUUAUUAAUUCUUUAAUUCCUUUAAAAAGUAAUUUAUAUGAAAUUUUACUGCUGUCUACUUUUAAAGUUAGUUUUUACUUAGUUUAAAAACUGCUCAUCAUAUGCAGGGCUUUUUGUUCAAAGAUUAGUAUUUUAAUUACAAGUUUUUAACUUUGAUUACAUGCAAAUAAUGUUUAAAGUUGUGCUUUUACCAGUUAACUUCUCCAAACUAUUUUUAAAUUCACUAUUGCUUCUGCACUUUAAACAAGUUAUUUUAAAUUUAAUUUUCCAAAAUUAAAAUGCAUUUAUUCUCACACAUAAUUAGUUUUUAAAAGUAAUGUAAAAUUUCAUGUAGAUUAAUUGUAGAAUUUCUUUUUUCUGGGCAUAAGACAAUCCAAAAUACUACUCAGACUGAUUUUUAAGCUUGCAGCCACCUAUUGUUAUAUUUGUUUGACAGACCUUGCUAAAAGCAUUAGUGGUAAAAUUUCAAAUCGUUUUGUCUGUAGUAUGUUUUUAUUUUUAAAUUGCUUUUUCAUUUCAGCAAAUGACAUUUUCUUCAUUGACAUUUGAACGAAAUUUCUUUCAGAAGAAAAUUAUGUAGUACUCGAAACUUGUUUCUUUAACGACAUUUGACUUGUAAAUAUUAAAAGAUGUACUAUUCAGUAUUUUGUGAAUUUGAUUUUGUAAAUAGAACAUAUGUUUACCUCC